UCACUUGUGCACAAUAUCAGGUAAUGUCAGUAUUUGUAGGAAUGUGUCAGUUUGUUUUGAUUCGUACAAUAUCAAAUUAACAGUGAAGAUGGCCAGCAGUGAAGAUAAAAAUAAAUCCCUGUCAGCAUUAUUCCAAGAGGGCUUAGAUCUCUUCAACAAUUUGGGAAAGAUUGACGAGCCAACGAACAGCCCAAAUGUUCAAAUCAACAUUAAAAAAGCCAUGCACAUAUUAGAGGACUCGACAAGGUUAGUCUCGAUGGCUAGUAUUUUCAGUAGCAAUGAGAGAAUCGAUGAGGUGCCAACUGAACACAUUCAGUAUUUUCUUCUGCCUGCCCUAUUGGGAACUUUGUCAUUGAAAUUAACUUCGGGUGACAGAAAAGAUAUAAUCAACACAGCAGAAGUGUAUUUCAAAGAUUUCUUAAGUCGAUGUAAUAACUAUGGGUUAAGUAAUUAUAAAUUUAAAGAGGAAUGUCAAGAUCUGCAAGCAAAUCGUAGUGAGUUUCAGGACAUUGCACAUUCAGUGAACACAAGAUCCACGAAAAUUCAGAGAUUCAAAGAGCAGAAAGUGCUGAAGGAGAACUUGGAAGAUUUGAAAAAGAAUAUGAACAAUGAAAGUGUAGAUGAUGAGAUCAAAAGAAACUACUUCUUGACAAUGAUUAAGUUGUAUAUCUAUGAGGCAAUUGAUGAACUGAAUUGCAUAGAUAUGGAAAAACCUAUUUUGGAGCAUAUGGAGAAGAUGGGAAACGAGAAGCCAAAACCAAAGAUACCAGUGAAGCCUCUGAGACCAAUAAUCAUAACGAAAGAUGAAAUGCAGAAAGCAGUGUUUGGCGCUGGUUAUCCAUCAUUGCCCUCAUUUACUGUCCAGGAGUUCUACGAUCAACGCAUAGCUGAUGGUGUUUUCCCGAAUCCAACUAAACCUAAACAGGGGCCUAUGUCGAUGCAGGAAGCCGCAUUGGCUGGUAUCGAUUUAAAUGCUGAUGAAAGAGAGGCCAUGGAAAAGGAGCAGUUGGAAGAGGCGGACGAUCCGGAGAAUAUUGCUAGGAUGAGAGCUAAGGAUGAGUUUAAAGAUGAACACAGAAGAGGUUGGGGCAACAGGAUGAACAGAAGUUGAAUCAACACCAUCUCGCGAGGAUUAACAUGCGCAGCAUAUUUAAUACUUAACAUAUGUAAAUAUAUGCUACAUACUUAUAAUACUGCAUAUUACAGUAACAAUAAAAUUAAGAGAUUACAUAUUGUGUAAAAUGGGUUGCC